AGCGUUUUUGUCAUCAGAUUAGUUUAGUUGGGUCCCGGCGGACGUCCAGCUCCAGGCGUAGGGCCACGAAGCCACCAAGAAGAUGGACGCGCGUCCAAGCGAGACAGAGCUGACCGCAGAGAAGGUCAGGGAGCUGGAACUGGGGCUCAAGGCGGUGUCAACGCCGGAGGGGCAGUCCUCCACUGGUUUCUCUGGAAGUACUUCGGCUGACAAGGUGUACAAUGGGCUCCUCGUUGAGGAUGACGAGGCGUCCGUGGAGCCGUCUCUUGACGGGCGGACGGAGGUGUCGUCCCUGUCGCCUCGCUCAGAGGCGACCUGGGUGCCUUGCCGCGCCAACAGCCACCGUUGGUACUGGUGGCAGUAUGAUUCCGGCGACGUGUGCUUGAAGGAGCCUCGUGCACCGGUGGGCGCAAUCGAGGAGAGGAUUGCGGAUCUGAUGGCGGAGCUGGAGCAGGCGUCGGACGCGACUCUGGGCCCGCAGCUCACGGAGGAGGCUGUCCUGCUCCAGGUGAGAGACAUGCGGCACAAGGAGUACAAGGAGUUCUUGUGCGACGUCCACCAGGAGACGACCUGGUGGGACUGGCUAUGCGGGCUGGCAGCGUGACGCGCUGUACUUCACCAAGGUGACUCCACGAACUCACGUUGGCAUGUGUUGCACCAUCC